UUACGUUACAUGUUGGACAAAAAAGCAGCUAAGUUUUCGACUUUGAGCUGGUAAACAACCAAACAUACACGUUAUUUAACCGUUGUUUCGAAUAGCUGCAGUGCUAACUGAGCCUCCGUGACUAGCUAAUAGAGCCCUGAUUCAUCCACGUGGUUAAAAGAAUUAAAAACACACAUUCAAGAGAAAGUUUGCAAGCGACCUCUUGACGAAUUAUUUAAUUUCCGAUUUGUAUCAAUUCUAUAUAAUUCCUCUCGUAAAUUAAACGAUAACAUCCGCCGUUUUCCGCAGUUCCUGUACAAACCGCAGGGUGGUGCUGUUUCCCUAUUGUGCUAUGGACCAAACUGAAGGGAAUGAAGGUGAUGGUGGUGGUGUGGAUGGUGCCAAAAACAAGUUUUACUUUAUUGAGGACCCCGACAGUUCAGAAAGUGAAGGAGAAAUGUGGCCGAAUCAACACAAACCGGGAGGAAGCUGCAAACGAGAUCCACGCCAAAGCAAGGAGGGCUCUCCUCCCCUUGUCCUGGUCUACUCCAGGUCCCAAGAGCAAAGAGCCCAGCAGGACUGCAGUCUUUCCGCCAGUGCAGACCUACAGGAGGAGCGAGAUGAGGAACCAGGGGAGGAACUAGAGGAGGACAGCGAUCAACCCAUUGAGGACUGGAUGAUCCUGGAUGAUGUGAAAAGAGAGGAGGACUCAGACAUCCAGCUCAACCUGAGCUACUGGAACAGCUCAGACGAUGCCUCUGGAGAUGAAGACAUGACAGAAGAAAAUGAGGAAUCACUGAAAGAUAACUGGGCAGUAUCAGAAAAAGACAAGUAUGGUGCUGGACAGUCUCUUCCCAGCCGCUAUUUUAUGCCUGAUCGCUCUCUGAUAUGCCGGAUGUGCAACAAGACGGGACAUCUUUCCAAAAGCUGCUACCUUCAAAAAAAAUGCCUCACUUGUGUCCUUUGUGGGAUCCGCGGCCACAUCCAGAGAGCUUGUCCUGACCGACCCUGCUUUACCUGUGGCCGGCCUUCACAUGGCCUCCAGUCCUGUGAAAUACCCCCAAUGUGGAACCAACACUGCAAGCGCUGCGGGAUGACAGGACACCUCUCUGAUACCUGCCCUGAUGUAUGGAGGCAAUAUCACUUGACGAUUACAGUUGAGGCUCCUCUCAGGCCACGGACUGUGAAAAACGUCCAACCUCGAAGAUUUUGUGCUCACUGUUACAAUUGCGCUAAAAGAGGACAUUAUGGCCAUGAGUGCACUUUGAAGAGGAUGAUCAGUGGCACUUUUCCUUCACUGCCCUAUAUUUGCCACUAUGACACCAAGGAAGAUAUUCUCCAGCAUUGUACCCAGAUGCAAAAAAGAGCAAAAGAGUUUCCAAAUGUUGGAUCCCAGCUAUUUUCAGACCAAGGGCCUUUAUCUGAGAAAACAGGGGACUUUGCGGAGGAGGGCAUAUCAGUCCAGGUGAGGAGCAGGAAUAAGCAGGACGCCUGCAGCCGAGCCGUCAGGAGAAAGACGUGGCCUGAGAAGCGCAAACAGAGGCGUGAAGUGAAGCGACUGAGGAGAGAAGCUCAGGCUAUACGGGAGGGAGGACUGCUGGGGAAGCUCCGUUACACCUGUGAUGAUGAAGUUUGUCCCGUGAACCCCUUUGGAGACCCCCUCCUUGGUCACACACAGUCCACAACCCCUCUAAAGAAUAAGAGGAGGGCUGAGGUUGGUGGCAGGAAAAGCAGAGAGUCAGAGAAGUGGAAGAAAAAAAGAGGGGUAAAACGUGGAGAGAUGUAUCCUCAUGGAAAUGGAGACAUUGAUGGAGAACACCUUUCAUCCCCAAAGCAAAGAGUGCGCCACAGAAGAAGAUGAAUAUUUCAAUUCUUCCAAGAACAUAUGUGAUUGUGCGUGCCAUAAUGGUUUGAUUUAGUGUCAACACAAAAGGUGUAAAAAAAUAAAAGUUGUCAAAAGAUGUUCAUUUAAUGAGCUAUGGCUCUUUUGACUUGUUAAAAUAUAAGAACUGCCAUAUUAAACUUGUUUGGAAAGUGUUUCUGUUGAAUGAAAUUCAAGGAGAAGAGGCAGUUUUCAGACAAUAUGUGAUGAAAAUUGAAAAAAAAAAUGGAAAAAUGACUUAAAUUUAAACAUGAAAC